CCCCCCCCGGGGGCGUGGGUACGGACACGUGACCCACCUCUUACCACAGCUCCCCUCUCGUUCCCCCUCCCCCCGUCCUCGCUGCGUGCGCUGCCCGGGGCUGCUCCGGGCCGGACCCUGCUAGGUGUCGGGGACCGCGGGAAGUCGGGGCUAAGGCCGCCGCUGCUAACGUCGCCCACGCCGCCGAGAGACGCAGCUGAAGGACCCAGGCCAUCGCCUCCAGCCAUGGCUUGUGAGGCCGGGCCGAAGGCGACCGACAGCACCUUCUCGUCUGACAGGCACGCUCAGAUCAUCCUGGCCCAGAUUAACGAGAUGCGGAGUGGGCAGGAUUUCUGUGACGUGCAGCUGCAGGUGGGAGAGGCCGAGUUCCGUGUGCAUCGGCUGGUGCUGGCUGCCAGCAGCCCCUACUUUGCAGCCCUCUUCACUGGGGGAAUGAAGGAGUCCUGCAAGGACGAGGUGCAGAUCCUGGGCAUUGAAGCAGGAAUUUUCCAGACUCUUCUAGAUUUCAUCUAUACAGGUGUGGUGAACAUAGGGGUGAACAAUGUUCAGGAGCUGAUUGUGGCCGCUGACAUGCUGCAGCUGACUGAGGUGGUCGACCUGUGCUGUGAGUUUCUGAAGGGCCAGGUGGAGCCCUCCAACUGCAUCGGCAUCUUCCAGUUCUCAGAGCAGAUCGCCUGCCAUGACCUCCGGGAGUUCACGGAGAACUACAUCCACGUGCACUUCUUGGAGGUGAGCGGCGGGGAAGAGUUUUUGGCUCUGACCAAGGAUCAGCUGAUUAAGAUUUUGCGAAGCGAGGAGCUGAGCAUUGAAGAUGAGUACCAGGUAUUCUUGGCUGCCAUGCAGUGGCUUCUGAAGGACCUGGGCAGGAGGAAGAAGCAUGUGGUGGAAGUGCUGGAGCCCGUCCGAUUCCCCCUGCUGCCUUCCCAAAGGCUAGUCAAGUACAUAGAAGGCGUCCCUGACUUCAGCCUCCGAGUGGCCCUGCAGACGCUAUUGAAAGAGUACUGUGAGAUGGGCAAGACCCCCAAGGAGAACAGGUUCUGCAGUUUUCUGCAGACCUCCAAGGUGCGGCCUCGAAAGAAAGCAAGGAAGUACCUGUAUGCCGUCGGUGGAUACACCCGCCUGCAGGGGGGCCGAUGGAGUGACAGCAGAGCCCUCAGCUGUGUGGAGCGCUUUGAUACUUUCAGCCAGUACUGGACCACAGUGUCUUCCCUCCACCAGGCCCGCAGUGGCUUGGGAGUAGCGGUAGUUGGAGGGAUGAUCUACGCCAUUGGAGGAGAAAAGGAUUCAAUGAUCUUUGACUGCACGGAGCGCUAUGACCCAGUCACAAAACAGUGGACGACUGUGGCUUCCAUGAACCAGCCCCGCUGUGGCCUGGGAGUGUGCGUGUCUUACGGGGCUAUCUAUGCUCUGGGGGGAUGGGUUGGAGCCGAGAUAGGAAACUCCAUUGAACGAUUUGAUCCUGAGGAAAAUACCUGGGAAAUCGUGGGCAGCAUGGACGUGCCUCGCUACUACUUUGGCUGUUGUGAGAUCCAAGGCUUGAUCUAUGUGGUUGGUGGUAUUAGCACCGAGGGCGUGGAGCUCUCCUCGGUCGAAGUCUAUAACCCAGUCUCCAAGAGCUGGUCCACGCUCCCUCCCAUGGGCACCAGGAGAGCCUACCUGGGCGUGGCUGCCCUCAACGACUGCAUCUACUCAAUUGGAGGGUGGAACGAGACCGAGGAUACGCUGCCCACUGUGGAAAAGUACUCCUUUGAGGAGGAGAGGUGGGUUGAAGUUGCAUCUAUGAAAGUGCCCCGAGCUGGUGUGUGCGUGGUGGCCAUAAAUGGGCUUCUCUAUGUUUCCGGAGGCCGGUCUCCCAGCCACGAUUUCUCGGCCCCAGUCACCUUGGACUCAGUGGAAGUGUACAACCCUCACUCUGACACAUGGACUGAAAUCGGUAACAUGAUCACCAGUCGGUGUGAAGGGGGUGUGGCAGUGCUAUGACAGGUAGCAGGACAACCUGGGGUCGUGGAAGAGGAUGCUGGGGCCUGGGGCAGGACUGGAGGGAGAGGAAGGCCCGAGAUCCGAGUGCAGAGAGGGCUGAGGAGCAGCCUGGAGCACUGCUGCUGAGGGUGAUAGGGGCCUAGCAUGGCUCCUGCAAAGCCCACCCUCUCAGAGGUCCUUGUCAGCCAUUCCCACUGUCCUUAUGGGUCCUGCCUGGGGCUUUUUCUGUGCAGUCUAAGAACCCCUUCACAAAAUUCUGUUCCCCUGCAAUGAAAACUAUACCUGCCCCACCUUGGAAAACCAGGGGAAAAACUGCCUGGGCCUUAAUGCCAGGUAGUGGCUUUCGCUGGCACCAGAUUUAUGGGGAGAAACUGGUGGAAAAUGGAGACAAUCCUGUUAAGGAGCUCAUAGCAAACUUUUGGUCUGCUGGUUUUUGCUUGGCACCCAUGUUUAGAGAUUCCACUCCAGCCUUCUGAAAUGGAGGCCCUGGGCAGCUGCCCCAGCCCUAGCCUGCCAGAGGAGUGUUCACCCACAGAUCAUGCCUGCUUAGCUUUUAGGGAAGGCUGAAACCUCAGGCCUCCAUCCUGCUCCUACUUCAGCUGUUCCUGAAAGUUUCCACUCUGCUUGCCCAUCAUUCUGGGAAGCUCCCUUAAAAGCACUGCUUCUGAAGGGCUGCCCAGCUUCCUCACGGCCCCAUCCUCUUAUACAUUCACUCCCAGACCUUUGGCUAAGGGUGGAAUCAUGGGAUGGAAGGCUCAGGCUGGGGCUGCUGUUUUGCAUUUGCUUUGUCUUUGCCAGCUUCACCUCCCCUGUUCUCAAGGGCCCAGUACACACUGGAUCCCCAAGAUGUGAAUAGAGCACUUUUGCAGCUUUUUUCAUUUCCUACUGUGGCAUAUUAGGGCCAAAAGCUUCCUUAGUAAACCUUGGCAGAGACACUUUUGGGGUAGAAAUGCCAGUAGGUCGCUGCUUCCUCCUCUGGAGAUUGUGACAUUGAUUGAUUGAAGGCACCUGCCUAGUAGGGUUGUUGUGAGCAUCCAGUGCAUCCAUCUGUGUGUAAAAGCAUUGCAAACUCCGUUCUUCUCCGCUUCCAAAUAAACACUGGAAAGGCUUGCUUGCA